AUCUGUCUCUCCAAGUAGUCUUUUCCUCUGAGCACUGCUGCUGCUGCUGUGUGUGUGUAUGUGUGUGUGUGUGUGUGUGUGUCUCUCUCUCUCAAUCACCGUGUCGUCCCUCCGCUGGCUCUCCGGAUCAUGGAGCUCGCGACGCGCUGCUUGUUGCUGCUCGCGAGCCUCGGCGCGGCUUCCACGGCCACCGACUGGGACGCGGCGGCGGCGGAACCGAGCUACUACGACGAAGCGAUGAUGAGUCCUCCAGAAGCGAUCGACUACAAAGACCCGUGCAAAGCCGUGGCCUAUCUGGGGGACAUCGCGCUGGACGAAGAGGACAUGCUCAUGUUUAAAGUGGACCGCAUUGUGGACGCCGUCCAGAAAACGGUGAUAAACCUGAACCGCACAGACACGGCAGGUGUGUUAUCCAAUGACACGAGCCCGAACGCUGCCAGGUCCAAUCAGCAGGCUGCGCGGCGAAGGAAGAGGGCGGCGACGUCCCGCCCUGAGAGGGUGUGGCCCGAGGGUGUCAUCCCUUACGUCAUAAGCGGCAACUUUAGUGGUAGUCAAAGGGCCAUAUUCAGGCAGGCGAUGAGACACUGGGAGAAACACACGUGUGUGACGUUCAUCGAGAGAACCACAGAGGACAGCUACAUCGUCUUCACCUACCGGCCGUGUGGGUGUUGCUCAUAUGUGGGCCGCAGGGGAGGAGGACCCCAGGCCAUUUCCAUUGGUAAAAACUGCGACAAGUUUGGAAUCGUGGUGCACGAGCUCGGUCAUGUGAUCGGAUUCUGGCACGAGCAUACGCGGCCGGACCGAGACGACCACGUCAGCAUCAUACGGGACAACAUCCAGCCUGGACAGGAGUACAACUUCUUGAAGAUGGAGCCCGGUGAAGUCGACUCUCUAGGGGAAGUCUAUGAUUUUGACAGCAUCAUGCACUACGCCAGAAAUACAUUUUCAAGAGGGAUUUUCCUGGACACCAUCCUUCCACGAUACGACAUAAACGGCGUCCGUCCCCCCAUCGGCCAGAGAACCAGGCUGAGCAAAGGAGACAUUGCGCAGGCACGCAAACUUUACAAGUGUCCAAGAUGUGGAGACAGUCUGCAGGACAGCAGUGGGAACUUCUCCUCUCCUGGUUUCCCCAACGGCUACUCGGCCUACAUGCACUGUAUCUGGAGAAUCUCAGUCACGCCAGGCGAAAAGAUCAUUCUCAAUUUCACUUCCAUGGAUCUAUAUCGGAGUCAUCUGUGCUGGUACGAUCACGUGGAGAUCAGAGAUGGAUACUGGAGGAAAGCCCCACUCAAAGGUCGAUUCUGUGGAGACAAGCUUCCUGAGCCGAUCAUUUCGACAGACAGUCGUUUGUGGAUCGAGUUUAGGAGCAGCAGCAACUGGGUGGGCAAAGGUUUCUCGGCUGUGUAUGAAGCUAUCUGUGGUGGUGAAGUGAAGAAGGAUAAUGGGCAGAUCCAGUCUCCUAACUACCCAGAUGACUACAGACCCAAUAAAGUCUGCGUGUGGAAGAUCACUGUUGCUCAGGGCUACCAUGUAGGCCUCACCUUCCAGUCCUUUGAAAUUGAGAGGCACGAUAGUUGUGCGUAUGACUAUCUAGAGGUCCGUGACGGGAACUCGGAAAACAGCCCGCUGCUGGGCCGCUUCUGCGGCUAUGACAAGCCGGAUGACAUCAAGAGCAGCUCGAACCAGCUGUGGAUGAAGUUUGUGUCCGACGGCUCGGUCAACAAAGCCGGGUUCGCUGCCAACUUCUUCAAAGAGAUGGACGAAUGUUCAAGGCCAGACAACGGUCGUUGUGAGCAGCGCUGUGUAAACACACUAGGCAGUUACAAGUGUGCGUGUGAUCCAGGCUUUGAGCUGGCCGCAGACAAACGAAGCUGCGAGGCUGCAUGCGGCGGCUUCAUCACCAAGCUGAACGGCUCCAUCACGAGUCCCGGCUGGCCGCGCGAGUACCCGCCGAACAAGAACUGCGUCUGGCAGCUGGUGGCGCCCACGCAGUACCGCAUCACGCUGCUCUUCGACGUCUUCGAGACCGAGGGCAACGAUGUAUGCAAGUACGACUUCGUAGAGGUCAGGAGUGGGCUUUCCGCGGACUCCAGGCUACACGGGAAGUUCUGCGGGGCCGAGAAGCCGGAGACCAUCACGUCUCAGUACAACAACAUGCGCAUCGAGUUCAAAUCGGACAACACCGUCUCCAAGAAGGGCUUCAAGGCCCAGUUCUUCUCGGAUAAGGACGAGUGCUCGAAGGAGAACGGUGGCUGCCAGCACGAGUGUGUGAACACCUUCGGUAGCUACAGCUGCCAAUGUAGGAGUGGCUUCGUCCUGCACGAAAAUAAACACGACUGCAAAGAAGCCGGCUGUGAUCACACGGUGAACAGUGUGAGUGGAACCAUCACCAGCCCCAACUGGCCUGAUAAAUACCCGAGUAAGAAAGCGUGCACAUGGGCUCUCUCCACCACACCGGGACAUCGCAUCAAAAUCGCUUUCAAUGAAAUCGACAUGGAGCCUCAUUUAGAGUGUGCGUACGACCAUGUCGAGAUCUACGAUGGACGCGACGGGAAGGCGCCCAGCCUCGGACGCUACUGCGGCUCCAAGAAACCUCCUCCGGUCACGUCGACUGCGAACAAGAUGUUCAUUCGCUUCUUCUCCGACAACUCCGUGCAGAAGAAAGGAUUCGAGGCCUCGCAUACUGCAGAGUGCGGAGGUCAAUUGAAAGCCGAGGUGAAAACCAAAGACCUCUACUCGCACGCCCAGUUUGGGGACAACAACUACCCCGGUGCAUCGGACUGCCAGUGGGUGAUCUCGGCUGAGAAGGGCUACGGUGUUGAGCUCAUCUUCCAGACGUUUGAGAUCGAAGAGGAAGCCGACUGCGGCUACGACUACAUGGAGCUCUUCGACGGAGCCGACACCAAGGCCCCAAGGCUCGGCCGCUACUGCGGAUCUGGGCCUCCUGAGGAGAUUUACUCGGCCGGCGACUCCAUCGUCAUUAAAUUCCGAUCAGAUGACACUAUCAAUAAGAAGGGCUUCCACGUGCGUUACACCAGUACCAAGUUCCAGGACACGCUGCACUCGCGGAAGAAGUGACCCCUAGUGGCCGGGAGGGGCCGUGCAGGGCCCAGGGGGAGGAGUCGAGGCGCCAGGCGGAGGGCGCAGCCCGUCGCUCGGAGCCCCCCGGCCGCCAAUGCCAGCCGCAAGAACGAUGCCAACCGCACCUCAGUAGCUCACAGGGGCUCUGGCGCCCCCUACUGACUGUGAGGAGUAAAGCCAUUCCGCAGUAGACCUUGUUUUUACCUUUUUUAUGAUUAUGAUUAAUGAAUUGGGUGGGGGCGGAGUUUGGGGUUGGAAGAGGGAAUUGUAUUUGGAUUAGAGGAAUAUUUGGGGUAUAAAGGGGCCAUCAUGGAUGGGAUUGGGGGGGGAGGGGCAUGAAUAGAGGAGUGUAGAUGAUCAGUAUUUGAUCACCAUUGGAUUCGUGUGUUUUUUUUUUUUUUUAGUUUGUUUUUUUUAAUGAGCCGAAAUGCAAUUGCAACAAACACACAUACCUAUGCGCACACACACACACAUCUAUACACACACAUAUACACACACACACACACACACACACACACUGAGGGCCCGCAGGAUCUCAAGCAGGAUGAUGAAGUAUUCAGGUCUCAUCGGGCCAGACAGCAACACCACAAAUGGAGAAAGAAAGGAUUGAUGGAUGAAAGAAUUAAAGGGCGGAUCGAUGUUUUUUUUUCUUUCCCAGGGCAUUAUGGGAAACCCCCAUCUUUUUCACAAACACACAUGUGCUCGGCUGGUUUCAAAUCCACUACUUCAGUUACUCACCCUGUUUGUCAGACAGAUGCAUGUAACAACAUGGGGGGGAAAAACACCAAACGGGUCAUUUUAUGUGACUGCACAAACCUUUGUAAUAUUUUUUUUUUUUUUUCAGGAGGCUUUCUUCCAUAUUAGCGUUAUCGAGGAAAGUUUAAAAAAAAAAAAAAAAAAGACACAGUUAUCAUAUUAAAAUAUUAAUAAAUGAAAUGUGGCCCAUGUCUAUUGGCUGUUAAUUGCUUUUCCAUAAAAAUGCAAAAAUUUGAUUAUUUUGACCUUAAAUACACAAUCAGUUUAGGCUUCUGUUAAUGUGUUUCUGUCCCCAAAUCACACUAGUAAUUCAAUAUGCUGUGGGUGCUUUUAUAGCAAGAGCAAAUUAUAUUUCUCAAAUGAGAUUCAGUGCAAAUAAUUUAUUUCAACUGUUGAAAUUACAUGCUACUCAUGUCUCUCUCCUUCAAUUACCUUCAACAUCACGCAGUUCUCCAUCUUUGUUCUUAGAAAAUAUGCUGUACACUCUGAAACAUAAUUUUUUAAAGCCUUCAGUGUUUCCCGUUAACAUUCUCAAUUUGCCUGUUCUGUACUUUCCACUACUUUUAAAUAUAUAUAUAUAUAUAUAUAUAUAUAUAUAUAUAUAUAUAUAUAUAUAUAUAUAUAUAUAUAUAAUUCAGUAUUUCAGUAAUAUGUAACACACAUGGUUUAACGUACCCCCGAACAUUUUUAUUUUAUUUUUUAUUUUUAAAUGGCUAAUUCCUCUUGGAUGUCUUUUUCUGAUUAUAUAGAUUGUUUCACAGUGCUAAAUUAAUUUGUUUUCCUUUUGAAAAAUCUGUCAGUGCUUCUGUAAAAUACUGAUUUGGCAAGUAUUAUGUAUGAACUCAGUUUGUGAAUGUCAUUAAAUAAUUAGAAUAGGUAGAAGAUGACACAGAAAAUACUAGCUACAGUACAGAACCUGAAUGCUAAACUAGCCAGCUAGCUAAGGUUGCUAAUUUUACUGAUCUAUUUCGGCACAUUUGGCUACUGUUAAUCUGUUAACUGUUAGUCUACCUGAGGCAAAUGCAAGCUAGUUUUAUGCCAGUUAACAAGCCAGCUAGCUACUUUUACUAAUGUUACUGGUAUUUUUUUCUCAGGUUUGGCUUCUGUUAAAUAAAUCUCUGAGAAUCUGACCAUGUGAAUCAAGACUCAGAUACUGAAACUUGAUCUCACUUUUCUCUACCUAAAGCAAAUUUCUUGCAAAUAACAAGCUAGCUAACUCUGCUAAUGUUAUUGAUAUGCCAGUGUAAAUUAAGAUACUGAAACUUGCCAUCACUUGUGUCUACCUGAGGCAAGUUUUUGCUAGUUUCCUAGCGGUUAACUAGCUGGCUAGCUACAUUAGCUAAUGAACCUGACAUAUUUUGGCAGGUUAGCCUACAGUUAUAGCUGUGAGAAUAUGACUGUAUAAAUCAAGACCCAGAUGCUGAAACUUGAUCUCACUCGUGUCUACCCGAGACAAAUAUGAGCUAGUUUUCUUGCUGUUAGCUAGCCAUCUAGCUAACUUGUCUAACAUUGCACAAAUGUUUUAGCUACUGUUAAAUCCGUUCUUGAGUACAUGACGAUGUAACACAAGACCUCGAUACUGAAACGUGAUCUCACUGGUGCAUCUAUGACAAAUGUGAGCUAGUUUUCUAGCAGUAUUAACUAGUCAUCUAUGUAUCUCCGCUAAUGUUACUCAUGUAUUUUGGUAGGUUUUGUUCCUGUUAAAUGAAUCUUUUUUAAGUAUGAUUAUGUAAAUUAAGACUCUGAUACUGAAGACUACCUGAGACAAGGGCGAGCUAAUUUCCUUAGAGUUUCCUGAGAAUUCAAAACACAUUAAACAAUUUAUUAUGCUACAUAGCUGUUCGGGGGUACUUUAAAUGUAUGUGGUGGAGCUGAACUGGAUUCAGAUAGACUGUUAGCGUAUGAUGGUCCAUUGAAGUGAAUAGAGGUGUGUAUAUAGGGGUUAUAGGAGUUUUGUCUCCUACAAGUCCUCAGUUGCCUUUGAAGUGUUUUUUUUGUUUUGUUUUGUUUUUUUGGGCAAUACCUCAGGCUUCAGAUUUAAAAAAAAAAAAAAAAUAGUUUUCAAACUGGUGUUCAGGCCCAUCUUUGUCCAACAACUAAAAUAUAUCAACUUGGACCAACGUAGUACCUCAGAGUGGUGCUCCUGCAAAAAUGAGCCUAGUCAGUUUUAUAGGUUUAGCUUAGUGUGUAUUGUUUCCAUAUAGUCUUGAGCAUCAAAUGGAGUACUGUUGUCAACUUUUCAACAGUACUAAGUCGAUUUAUUGAUAUUAAAAGCAUUAUAUAUAUAUAAAUAUAGCUCAGUAUGAUUUGUAUGGUUCUAAGAUACACAGCAUGUUGAAUGUUACUGAGGGCAGUUGGUGGGCAUUUUAAGACUCAGUCCUUGUUGCUUCCCCUCUUUGCAGUAUCGAUUCAUAUGGCAGGCAGUUCCUACAAAAUGUAGCUCGCCAUCCUCCGAUAUUGGUACAUGUGUACCAGCUGUCCUUUCCUUCUCUCACUCAUUCCAAUCUUGUGUUUUCCAGUUACCUAAUCUCAGUGUAAUUUGUCCGAGCCCUUUUCUGGGGCAGAAGCUGAAUACAAGGCCUGUCAGGCUGGUUAAGGUGUGUGUAGGUGUGUGUGCACUUGUGUGUGAGAAGGUACACAGACCUUGCCUAAUUGGUCGGGAGCAUGCCAGCCUGAGACUGAGCCUCCCUCUGAAUUAUUUACCAGCCAUCACUUUUUUUUUUUUUUUUUUUUUUUCCCCCCUCCUCCUGCAGAAAUCCUUUAGAAGGCUCCUGGCAAAUGUACUUUCAUCUCAUGCUAUGAUCUUAUUUCGCUCCAUCUCUGUGUCACAUCUUCCAAACUCUUUGAGUCUCAGGUUCAGUCUUUAUUCUUCCUCUGACUCACUUUGGGACCUGCUUGAUUCCAUAUACUUGACAGUCACCCCUUUGGGCGAGCUGGUACUUCGGUUGAAGAGGUGAACAGCUUUUCAAAAGAAAAGUCAUACAGUAUGAAAAGUAACGAUGAAAAGGAAAUUGAAUAAAAGUGCUACUUCCCUCACCUUGUAUACAGACCGUUCUGAUCACUGCUUUUGUACCGAUGCGACGUUGGUUCCCUGAACGUCAAGCAACAGUCUGAUGCACACUGACUUACCAAAUCUGUUGGAAGUUUUCACCAUGAUGCAUUUGUAUUAAAUGUUUUAUUCUAGUUAGCGUUUUGGUUUUAGUGGUGGAACACUUCUGCUAAUGCCCACCGUAACAUUGUGGCUACAGUAGAAUUUAUAAUUGACCACAAAUAGUGUUUCUAAUGUCUCUUGAUUUUUGUAGAUAAUUCAUAAUCUGAUGCAAACAGAUGUGUUGUAGCGAGUACUUAAUCCGACGUGGAUGAAUAAGCUACGUGGCUCAGAUCUGUCUACUUUAACACAUGUACGGUUGAUCUAGUUGCCCUAAUUGAUCAACAUCACUUAUCAAAUAUGGGAUUAUGUUUAUGCCUUUCAUUAUAUGUAUGUAUGUAAAUAUGUUUGAUUGUUGUAUUCCGAGUACACUAAACCAUAAUAACCUGUUGAGAAAUAAGGCUUUGUGUAAUUGCACAGACAUGAUGCAAUUUAUUUAUAUUGUAUAGCUGAUUAUGGCUGAUGUAUUUUGCACAUAGUAUUAACAAGUGCAUCUAUUUCAUAAAGUGUUAUUUUCAUUUCAUUAAAUGCCUCAUUACAUUUUCUUGA